ACGCCCAUCACGCAGCCGCAGCCCACAGCAGCCCGACCAGCGCAGGUGACAGGUGAUGUCCUACGACAACAAGAGCUCCUCCGCAGCCGCGGACGCCGAAGUGGGCGGCUGGUCGACCCGCAAGCUCGGCGGCCGCUACGCCAGGCCCUACUCGCCUUCUGCCGGCGCAGGCGCCGCCGACGAGACGACGAGGGCGGCGUCGCCCGCCGGCUCGGCCAGCUCCGGCUACGUCUCCUACCGCAGCUCGAUCGGCAACGGCGUCCGCUCCUACUCGCCGUUCCGCCCGCUGUCGCCGGCGCCACCGGCCUCCGCCCCCAACGAGGACGACUCCGGGGGCGGCUCCGAGAGCUCCAGCUCCAGCGGCAAGCCUUCGUCCAACCCCGCGAGAGGCGGCGGCCGCUACGAGUCGCAGCUGACUUCGCAGUACGGACGCAUCCGCCCCCUCGCGGCGCCAGUGAUAACUCCUCCGGCGAUGCCGCUGCCCUCCGUGGUGACUUCGAGGCAGGGCUCCUCUUCCCUGCCUCCGCUUCCCACCGGCAGAAACGGGUCGGACGCCGGCAGGUACUCUAGCCUGCCGCGGGGCACUUCUCCCGCGGCGAACCAGCCCCUGUACCGCAGCCUCUACACCGGUCGCGGCGGCCUCUCCAGCUACCGUUCCGAGAGCGAGCCCGUCACGCCCAACGUGGUGAACGUGGGUGCCUCCAGGAUCGGGCCCUCGUCGUCCGCCGCGCCGUCAGACGACGAGUCGUCGGGUUCGCAGCGGGGCGGCUACAAGAGCGCUCGGGCCCAGCCGGCGAGAGCGGAGGACUCGCCGAAGAGGGCGUACACCACCAGCUACGUGAGACAGAAGGCGCGUUCGCCCUCCGCCCACGACCCGGACGAGAGGCGGAAGAAUCGGGACGGUGAAGGAGAGGAGGAAGAAGUGGAGCCUCCGCCCGCAAACAAGGUGCAGGCCAUCAGCGCCAUGGUGCGCCUGAACGCGCGCGUGCCCUCGGCCAAGUCGAGCUACAGCGGCGACGACGGCGACGAGAUUCUCGUCGACGGCGUUCCAGUCAGGGUGAGGGAGAGUCGGAGCAGACACAGGCAAAGCUACGACGACGAGGUCUUCUUCCAGGAGGACGGCGGCGGUCGCGGCGCGGCGCCGGCCGGACGGGAGCUGAAGCGCGUCUACCAGAACGAGAUCGUAGACGGCGCCGACUCGGAGGUGCCGGACUUCCCGCCGCCCCCGCCGCCAACGAGCGACGGCGAAGGCGACGGCGGCCGCAGCCAGCGGCGCUACGGCGGCGGAGGCGGCAGCGGCGGCCGAGGCGGCCGAGGCGGCGGCGGCUCCAGGACGGUGGUGGCGGCGUCGGCGACGUACCCCUCCGGAUACUGGGGAGGCGGCCGGACCGCCAAGAACCAGCGCGCCGACGACGUACUGCACCCGGCGCCCGUGGCCGACGCGGCCGUGCCCUACAGCAGGCUCAGCUCCGCCUCUUCGGGACCCAAGAGCCCCUGGUCACCGAGCGCGGCCCCUCCCAUCGCAUCGCCGGAAGAGUACGACGACGAGUACCGCGACUACGGCAAGAUCAGGACGGUGGCGCGCGGCGCGGCGCUGCCGCCGGACGUGCCGCCUCCGCCGCCGCCCUCGUCGCCGCCCCCGGAGCUGGAGGACGCGACCAGCAGCAGCAGCGGCGGCAGCAGCCGCAGGGGCAGCUCCAGCUCCGGAAGCGACAGUGGCGACAACGAGGACCGCCGCACCUACCGCCGCAUGAUGGAUGAGCUGAGCGCCAUGGAGGUCUCGGGCAAGAGGCGCCAGCAGCAGCAGCACGCGCAGAAGCAAGGCAAGCUGCAGCAAGUGCAGGACGAGCGCGGCCUGCCCAUCAAGCGCUGGGAGUACAGCGGCAAGGGCGUGCUGGUGCAGGAGGUGGACGAGGGCCAGCCGUGCCUCGAGUGCCACGAGAAGUGCCCCGGCUUCACGCCGCACGUAUGGCGGAAGACAUGCAGCAGCUGCAAGUGCCCGCGGGACGCGCACGACGUGUACCACGAGGAGUGGGUGAACGUGCGCGAGCGCCUCGGCUUCAAGCCCGACCGCCUGGAGCCGCGGGACCGCUCCAUGAGCGACGGCUACUGCUGGGUGCCGCCGGGACUGCAUUCCACGCAGCAGAUUGAGAAAUACUUCUCAGAGCUGCCUCCUGAGAAAGUGCCAGAGAUGGGAAGUGUGGGUGAAAAGUACCGUGACAAGCAACUGGUGCUGCAGCUGCCCAAGCAGGACUUGGCACUUGCUUACUGCAAGCACGUUGAGACACAGCACCAUGCAUCCUAUGAGGACUUUAUAAGUGCUCGGAAUGAAAUUGCCCUCGACAUUGGAUAUGUUCGUGAAGCUGGUGCCUACACGGAGUGCCCACAAUGUUUGAAGACAUUGGCACCACAGGAUUUGGGUGUUGUGGCACCUAAAUUUGGUGAUCGCACUUUGUGGCACCCAGCUUGCUUCACUUGUACAACUUGCAAGGAGUUGUUGGUUGACUUGACUUACUGUGCCCAUGAUGAUCUGCUCUACUGUGAGAGGCAUUACGCUGAGCAGCUCAAGCCGCGCUGUGCUGCUUGUGAUGAGCUUAUCUUCAGCGGGGAGUACACCAAGGCGAUGUCCAAGGACUGGCACUCCGGCCACUUCAGCUGCUGGCAGUGCGACGAGUCGCUGACGGGCCAGCGCUACGUGCUGCGCGACGACCACCCCUACUGCAUCAAGUGCUACGAGUCCGUGUUCGCCAACGUCUGCGAGGAGUGCAACAAGAUCAUCGGAAUCGACUCCAAGGAUCUGUCCUACAAGGAGAAACACUGGCACGAGGCAUGCUUCCUGUGCAACAAGUGCCGCGUGUCCCUCGUGGACAAGCAGUUCGGCUCGAAGGGCGAGAAGAUCUACUGCGGCAACUGCUAUGACUCGCAGUUCGCCUCCAGGUGCGACGGCUGCGGCGAGAUCUUCCGCGCAGGCACUAAGAAGAUGGAGUACAAGACACGCCAGUGGCACGAGAAGUGCUUCUGCUGCUGCGUGUGCAAGACUCCCAUAGGCACCAAGAGCUUCAUCCCUCGCGAGCAGGAGAUCUACUGCGCCACAUGCUACGAGGAGAAGUUCGCCACAAGAUGUGUCAAGUGCAAUAAGAUAAUUACAAGCGGAGGCGUGACCUACAAGAACGAGCCGUGGCAUCGCGAGUGCUUCACGUGCACCAAUUGCAACACGUCGCUGGCUGGCCAGCGCUUCACGUCCCGCGACGAGAAACCCUACUGCGCCGACUGCUACGGCGAGCUGUUCGCCAAGCGCUGCACUGCCUGCUCCAAGCCCAUCACAGGCAUCGGCGGCACGCGCUUCAUCUCGUUCGAGGACCGCCACUGGCACAACGACUGCUUCAUCUGCGCCAUGUGCAAGACGUCGCUCGUUGGCCGGGGGUUCAUCACCGACGCUGACGACAUCAUCUGCCCCGACUGCGCCAAGCAGAAGCUCAUGUGAGCUGCCCACCCACACAACUCCUCCUCCAUUCUUUAUUUGCCAUUUUAUAUUUUAUCGUCAAGCUUUGUUUUUUCUUUUCUAGAGAAGACCGUUCAGCAUUCGUCACUAUAUAUACAUAAAUACAUAAAUAUAUAUAUAUGAUAAUAUUUUGAUGUUUAGUGGAGGUCUAAUUUUUAGGAGAAUAAUUAUUACUUUACGAACGUGGGAAUAAUGUAUCACCGAAAGUGAUCAAGUGCCUCAUAUCGCAUGCUACGUGGUCUGCACGAGUGUUCGAGCCCGAGGUUGGGGACUAUAUCUUGCGCCUCUGGACAUUUCGGUUGUAGAAACGUUCAGGUGUCGCAAGAGCAGGCCACGUUGCCUCUAACACUGGAGAGCUUCCACGUCGCACGUCGUAACCGACUCCUAUAUCACAGUGGAUGAAAACGCGUAUCAGCGGUUGUAGAUUUUAAAGAGAUAUAUACAUAUAUAUAUAUUUGUUUAUACAUAUGAUGUACAGCUGGUACUUUUUAACGUAGAAUUGGAGAUGUAAGUUUAUUUUGCGACGAGAGAAGAAAAAUAGAUAUUUUUUAAGGAGUUGAACUCUUUAAGAGACUUUAGUCUGGCACUUUUAAAACAAAAAAUAACCUCAGUCCUGAACCCAGGACACGAGAGUAGAUCCUUUCCACAGAUACUGGGCGUGGCCUCCACACACAUACACUUCACAAGUAUACACGCCACACAUUGGCCGCCCUAACACAGCCGCACCGCACUAACACAAGCUCACUUCUGCUUUCAAAUCUAGGGUUAAUAAGAGUAGAUUCUUAAGAGAUGGAAAACGAUUAAAAUCCAGGAAACCAAAAAAAUUGACUAUAUUGUAUACAUAACUUUUAACAAACUAAAUUACACACACACACACACACACACACACACACACACACACACACACACACACACACACACACACAUAGAGCCAGAGAGGAAAGUAAGCUAUUAUAUGUGAUACAUAUAUAAAUACUAUACAUAAACUGUGGUCUUGGGGGAAUAUGCUAUAGAAGUGACCUUAACAACAUAUUCAAAGCCCGAAAUUGUAAACGGUGGGCCGUUUGGGCUACAGUCCAUCCACUGGUUCUUUUUUUUUUUGUUUGCAAAUUUAUUAUUUUUUUGCUGUAAUUUAGAUUUCUUAUUGUAUGCAUUUAUUUGUAUGGAUCAUGUAAUAGUUAUGGUUAUAAAGUAUCCUGUGACAAAAUUAAUAUGUGGGUGCUAUGCCGUUCUUUGGUGAUGGAAGUAUUUUUAAGCCAGUAGAGUUAUUUAACAGUAAUUGUUAUUAAGAAGAUGGUACUGUAAAUUUGCCAUUAGGUCUUUUUUGCGCUUGUAAUCUUGUGUUGCUUAUGACUUCUAGUCAGUCAAGACACAUUUUGCUGUUCAUGGAAUGUUCAACUCGUGUACGUGAUGUUAUGUUCUGUCUACUUCCUCUUCAUCUCUGUCAAUUACAUUCUUUUCUUAAUUUCAUGAGGAUGCCCAUCGCUUAUCCUCAAAAAUACUUGUUUCAUCGCUGCUGCGUUCACAUAUGUCAACUGCUUACAGUUUCAGUUUCUUGCUUUUUCAACAUGGAACCAGUUUCAUAACAUUCGUUGUGCACUUGCAGGCUAAUUUGAAGGCAGUGUAUCAUUAAUUACAUGUGACUUUCCAACGUGUUAUUUUAGAUUCAUUCCAUGUCACAGAUAUCGUUUUUAUGUACAGCCUUACUACUACUGCAUAGCACUGAUAAAAACGAAACUGCUGACUUUUCAUAAACAUGAAGAGCAGUUUCACAAUGUAACAAUAGAAUUUUUAUGGGUCAGUCACAGAUGCUUCUACUAUCUGAGUUAAGUGGUGUCGCUUGAACAUCAUACAGUAGUGGGAUAUUGAACAGCAGGCCUGAUUUCUUUUACUACCAGCAAUUUCAUACAUAAAUCACAGCGAAAAUUGGAUCACAUCACAUUCUAAAAUUUAGUUAAAAUUAUUUUAAACAUUACACAUAAUUGUGUAAAAGCUGUUAAUUUUUGAUGCAUAAGUGUUCUUAUUGGUAUCAUAUAUAUUAUAUAUCCUGUUACAUAGAAAUGUGGAAAUGUAAUACAAUUUGAAUAAAGGAAAUAAAUACACUGGA